UUCCCGCUAGUAAUUCGCUGGAAAUUCACGCCGAGGCCGGUGGCACGGCGCAGAAAAGAGCCCGCAUCGCGGCGACCAUUGACUCGAGUCCAGCCCGGCCCAAUCAACCAGUCCUCUACGCGCGUCCCCUCCCCUCGGCGAUCGCCUCUGCGCUUCCACCAAAUCCACCGGCCCCGUCUUCCGCUCCGACGACCCGGACGUCUGCCCAGCCGGCAGCCGCUCCCAGCACCAACUCGGCCCGCCGGAGCUUCGCCGUCAGGUUUCAAGAGCACUUCAGUCCCAGUUCGCCGAGGCGGAUCGGUAACAAGCCGAUACUGGUAGCGCAGCGGGAGAGCGGUGCCGCCGUGGCAGUUUAACUAGAGCGAUGGCGCGCGGCGCACACAUCCUCCUUGUUCUCGCGCUGCUCGCCGCGCUACUCGCCGUCCUCCUCCAGCUCUACCGCCUCAGGAAGCCGAGAUUGUGGACAGUGGAGGAGCUAUCGAUGUACAAUGGAACGGAUGAGGGGUUGCCCAUACUACUUGGGAUUUUGGGCUCAGUGUUUGAUGUUACAAAAGGAAGGUCACAUUAUGGUCCUGGAGGAGGUUAUCAUCACUUUUCUGGCAGGGAUGCAUCACGAGCAUUUGUCUCUGGAAAUUUUACAGGUGAUGGGCUGACUGAUUCUUUACAGGGUUUAUCUAGCAUGGAGGUAAAUAGCAUUGUUGAUUGGAGGAAAUUUUACUUGGAGCGAUACAUAUUUGCUGGUAAACUUAUUGGACGCUACUACGAUAGUCAAGGAAAUCCUACAAAAUAUUUGAAGGGUGUAGAAGUAAAGGCAAAGAGAGGUGCACAGCUUCUUGAAAAGCAAAAGAGUGAAGAAGCUAAAAUACCAAGCUGCAAUUCAAAAUGGAGUCAGCAAGAGGGUGGAGAAGUAGGUUUGGUGCGACACAGGCUAUCCAAGAUUAGUCAGGAGGCCCGGCGACAUAGCUCUGACCGGACAAGUUAGCCAACGGUGUGCUUGUUUCCAUGAAGAUGAGCUCAACAAGCCGGGGCUGGUGGUGUACGAAGAGUGCGAUUAUUUGUCUACAUCUUGCAAAGUGAAGUAGAAUGUACAUUUUUUUUCCUUUCCUUUUUCACGGAACGGUUGCUCUUGAAUGCUUAAGCAAUAUUGGUUACAGCAGCGACACUCAAACAGCACCAGCUACGCAUCAUGAUCUAUUUUUUGUGCUGUUCAA